CACAAAGGUGGAAGCGGCGAUCAGACUCGAGAGGAUAGAGCGAUUGAUUAGGUGCCGGUCACUCUUUCCUUUCGUUUGGUUCGCUCCAUCUCUUUUCAAUGCUCUUACCUCUCGGAUUUGUAUCGUCUGCAUUUCUAGACCUUCCCUACUUGGCUGUCUUUCCAUUGUCUUGCUGCGAUACAUCAGUUGCAAGUCCCCUUGACAUUUUCCUCGGUUAUCACUCCUGUACACAUCGAUCGUGCCUCAGAUCAGUGAUUUGUUUCUCACCAGAGAGGGGUAUGAUCUAUUCAACUGUUUAUCAUCUUGUGUAUGUCUCUCAUGUAUGCAAUGAUAUUCUCUACUAUACAUCAUGUUGACGCAGUCAGUUUCUGCGAGCGGAAACAUGCAACCAUGCAAGCAAACCCAUCCAUCAAGAUAGACAUAACGGUUGACGAAGCAAAAGCCACUUUUUACUCCAGACAUUAUG